CAAGUACGAUGCUUAAUUCGCGCGACGACUUUUCCUUCUCUACGCCCCCUACACAGAUUGACAUAUCUAACAGCCAAUCACAGCAAAUACUGCUAAUUGGUGAGCCUAUCACCUGUCAAGGGUUCAGACGUUGCGUUGUGUCAGCUAUGUUUUGAUGUAGUUGGCAAAAACGUUGUGGGACAUUUAGCUGAAACUAUCGUAAGAAUAAGGCGUAUGUGAAUACCCGUUCUCUUCCUUGUAGUUUAUGAGUACUCCAAGACCACAACAAGUACAAAUGUUCGGCUUUGUUUUGGCUAACCUUGGAUGUUACUGCUUUUAGCCGUUACCAGCUGGCAUGGUGUGAAUUCGGAAAGCCCCUCAAGAAACCAAUGUGGAGAAUGCUUCAAGCAAGCUAAAACGACAUUUGAACUCUGUUCCGGGGUUAUUAUUAGCAAUGACCGUAUCGUCGUUCACUUUGCCCGAUGUUCUCCUGUUUUAUUCAGGACCAUACAGAUAAACUGCUGGGAACUGCACAGCUUCCUCGAUUACUGCUGCAAGCCGAAAUGGACGCGACUGUCCCAUUAACUCCGACAUAAUCUCAGCGAUAACCACCACCGACCCCGAAUCAGCCGUGCUCACACCAAACCGCGGCUGUUUUUCUUUUCUAUGACACACCCGGUUUAUGCCCAGCUAGAUUCGGUGGAACUGGUUUUGGAUGAGCUCCCAUAUAUGUUUUACUUGGGCCUGUUUUUUGUGAACGUCCUCAUCCUCUACUAUGCCUUUCUGAUGGAGUAUAUUGUCCUGAAUGUGGGGAUAGUGUUCCUGCCCGAGGACAUGGACCAGGCGCUGGUGGACCUCGGGGUGCUGUCCGACCCGGCCUCCGUACCUUACGACACCGACCCGGAGAUGGAUGUGUUUGAGGGAUACUUGGAAUGACAAGGUGGGACUGAGGCAUCAAAGCCAUGGGGAAUCAUACCUCACAGUGGAUGCUAUUGCAAGCUGCCUCUCAAAGAGACGUUUUAUUGCAAAAGUGGUCUCGACUCAGAGGAAGGUAGCCUGGUGAAGAGUGGACUGAUGGCUGCCUCUUCAGCAACUUUGUGUUGAGGUCCAGCACCAUUGGCUCUUGCUUUGGACACAAAAAGGGAAAUCUCUGUGUGCGCCCAGUAAAGCUCCUAGAAAGCUACUCUCACUACCCAAGCGAUGGAAAAUGGUUCUCCUGACUUGGAUGAAGAUCCAGCAGCCUGGCACACACUCCCAACUCCCCCAGCUGGUUCACUCAGUCAGAACGGGUCUUUUGAGGUUCCUUACGCUGUAUUCCAGCACCAUCAGGGACAUGCACUCUCUCAGGAGUACAGUUGGCGACUGGGUGCGCUGACAACACGUAAUGCUAUUACUGGAGAUAUGCUGUGAAGCAAAAAUGUUUUAAAGUUCUGCUUGUUACGCUGUUUUACUGCAAUGCAGAAGGGGUCUUUUUUUGUGUUCAGUUACAGUAGAUUUGGCAAAAUAAUUUUUAAUAUGAAUGAAAAUCCCUUGAAGAUUUUUAUUCUGUGUUCAACACUGCGUUUUAGGAGGACUCUGAGAAACAUUGCUUGAUUUUUGUGUCUUCAGUUGAUUUAGCUGAAAAUGUCCCUGUUACUCUUCUGUGCAAACAUCACAAAUCUAAAAUCUCUUUCAUAAAGUGUACAUUCUCAACAGCAAUAAUAAACUGGAGCAAAGCAGUG